CAUAAUGGAGAUUUCAAGGUAUAAAUGGGCCGCAAGUGGGUUGGUACAUCCCAUACGAAAAUGACCCUUGAUUUCUUUGAAUGGGGAAUAGUCCUUCCGGAAGUCCUAGAAGUUUACAGCAUGUGUCCUUCCAACAGUACUUCACAAGAGGAGAUGAGUGAGCUAAAAAGAGAUCUGCCUUCUAAGCCUUAUGUGUCCUGCCUGACUACCCCAUGUCAGGAUAGCCAGUCCCUGCUGUCUAGCGUGAACAGUAGCAGUGGGACUCAGGACCGGUCAUAUGGACAUUUGUCUAUUGACACUGUGACUGUAGCUGACGAAUUUACACCUUGUAACUGCCAAUGCAACUGUAACCGUAUGUACAGGGGACAUGAGCGUACCAGUGAUGAAGACAGUGCUGGAGAAAAUGGUUACCCCAAGGUUAACAUUGAUGACGAAGACACAAAACUAUCCAGUGACUUCCAUCUGUCUGACUUGAGCACACAGGACAAAAUACUUGCCUCAGGCUCUGUGUCCACAGACCACCUGAGGACAAGUGCCCCAGCCCACCAGAAAGUUGAAAGGGCUUUGGAAACAGGGAUGGGAAGCAUCCUAGAAGCCCUUUGCUUGCAUCCUAAUCAGUGGGAUUUGGAAAAUCCAGCUUCUCUACCUUCUCCUGAUGGUGAAAGUGUUUCCUACAGUGAAGGCUCCUAUGACUUUUUACCUCAUAGUGCAAGGCCUGGUGACAGUUAUCCUAUGAUCUGCCUAGAUUUGGACACUAUUGACAGUGGCUUUGCAGACUCGGACUGUGGGAGUCCAGUUGACUGUGAAUUUGAGCAAAACAGUCAGACCAACAGUGGGUCCAUUCCUCUUGAGCAGGAGGGAGAGGACUUUCCACGGAGCUAUGUCAAGCAAUGGGUCUCUCAUCGCUCUGACAGCCCUGUCAAUGGGACACAGACUAACUAAGGACUUGAUGUUCCUUUGCAGAUUGUAGGGCCUUUUCUAUACAGUGCCAGAAGCAAAAUGUCAGCAAAAUUCAGAAGAAAAAAACAAAGUUUACUUGGUGUAAGCUCUACUGCAUACAAAUGAAAACUAUUAGGCCCAUAGAAAUGUAAUGCCUAUUUCUGUUGCCACUUAUCUUGUUAAUGCUGCAUCAAAAGUAACAUAAUUAAUUUCUUAUAAGCUUAUAAAUAGUACAAAACUUUAAAGUAAUUUUCCCUGGCACGACUUGAGUUUAGAUGUACGUGAAUCUUAGAAGCAUAACCUAUGGCAAGCAUGUUUGUUAUAUUGACACUUCUUUACCCUUUCUUAACAACACAGGUGUUGUUACUUUUCCUAACACAAUCCCCUUUAAACUCAGCUGUAAUAGUUCAUAUUAAUUAUGAAUUCUACCCAUCCCUGUUCAUGAGGUAUAAUCAAAACCAAUUCUCAUCAUCAGAGAAUGACGUGUCCAAGAGACCAAUCAUAACUCUGGUUUUAGAGGGACUUUGGCUUUGCAGGUAGAAUCUAUAAAUGAAGAGUCUUCAAAACAUAAUUCCAGAUAAAUUCUUUCUACAAAGGCUUCCUACUGAAUCAGCAUCUCUCCCAGCAUUUUCCAAGCACACUAACUAUAACACUGAACUAUUAACUGUAAUUAACUAUAACAGCUGUUAGAGCUAUGCAAUAAUUUCAGGAAUGUUGUCCCACCUGGAUAUGCCUGCAACUCCAUCUUCUGCCUUGGACCUGGUCUGCUGCAGUUAACAGGUCAGUAGCACAAAGCUUAAUCAAUUUCUGCUGGAUCAUAAAGCCAACCAUGAAACUGCUAGUUGCACUGCAACUGAUUAUUUCCCUCUUAUGUCUCUGUAUGUCUGUUUAGGAUAACUGUCUUAAAAAGUUAAUUCAAUACUGAUAUUGAAUGUGAA